UGGUGACCUUCAAAUGAAGAUUUUAGUCGAUGAUUAAUAUUAGGAGCGUUUAAACCUACUAAAUUACCAUGAAUGCUGUUUUGGAAUAUUUUUGGAAGUUAAAAAAUUCUUCUUCAUACAUGUCUGAAUAUAAUUUGGAAGAAUUUGUCACUUUAUUAUACAGUUUUAUUAGUCGCCGUUUCGGAACAUUUGACAUUCCACUUAAAUAUGUGACCUGCUUCAGGGACUUUCUAUUAUUUCAAUUGGUGAAGUAUAAACAUUCACUCAAUUUUCAGUGCUUAAAAUCAAGUUUGGGAUUUACUGAUCUUACCGUAUUAUACAAAAUGAUUUUCAUACUUUCGUGUUUGGAAGUGGAAGCCUUUUGUUUAGAUUAUACUCAGUGCGAUGGCUACUACUCUCCAUCAUGUUAUCUUUGCAGCUUACAUAUACUAUCAUCAACUGUGCAACUUAUAUGCAAGGAAAUUAACAGUGGUAGGUUAAAAAUCACGUCCAAGCCAAAAGGGUGUACUAAUGAGAUAUGUUUGCGUGAUUAAAUUUUUUAUUAUUGAUUACAAGUUAUCAAAGAAUUAUACGUCACACCAAUCAAAUAAAUCCACGUUUCUGCACAUUAGUUUAGUG